UCUGUCACAAAAGUUUGGCAGGCCUAAGCAAGUGUCACAGGUACACAACGCAAGCUCUCCAUUACACUCUUAUCUUCUCUCCCAUACAGGCGCUGGCAACUUUAGAAAGAAAAGAAAGAGACAUUUAACUCUGAACCAGAAGCAGCCCGCUUGAGAUCACAUUCAACAUCUCUGAACUGGAUCAUGGUCCUUCAGGCCAGUGGUGUCACGAGUAUCCCAGCUACUAUGAGUGUUGAUAACCAACUACCUGCUUCUUGGACAACCCACUACAACUGCUCUGAUGUGACUUCCAGUUACAUGAGUCGGCUCUGGUCUCAGGAUCUUCACCCACAAAACUGGAACAAGUACCAGGUGUGGGAAUGGCUCCAACAGACGCUGGACAUGCACCAAAUCGAUGCCACCAGCAUUCCCUUCCAGAACUUUGACCUUGACGGGAGGCAACUGUGCAACAUGAGCUUCCAAGACUUCAACCGGGCGGCCGGAUCCGUUGGCUCCAUUCUUUUCCAGAGCCUGACUGACCUCAAGUGGAACGGUCAAUAUGGUCAAACAGAUAUGUUCACACCAGGGGACAUUAAAACAGAAAUAGAGACAGACUUCCCUUGUUCAAUCCUGCCCUUCAAGGAAGAAUCCAACUUUUACAACACUUCAGAACUGUUUGACAUCAAAAGCUCGUUCCAGCCCAACACCAUAUUAUCCUCACCAGCUCCGUCAAGCCCAGAUCCCAAGCGGUCACAAGUCAAAAGGCACAACCCUCGUGGGACGCACCUGUGGGAGUUCAUCCGAGACAUUCUCCUGAACCCCGAGCGUAACCCCGGCCUGAUCAAAUGGGAGGAUCGCUCCGAGGGGGUUUUCCGCUUCCUUAAGUCGGAAGCUGUGGCUCAGCUUUGGGGCAAGAAGAAAAAUAACAGCAGUAUGACCUACGAGAAGCUCAGUCGAGCGAUGAGGUAUUAUUACAAACGCGAGAUCCUGGAACGGGUGGAUGGACGAAGACUCGUCUACAAGUUCGGCCGAAACGCUCGAGGCUGGAGAGAGUCUGAGAAGUGAAGGACUUUGUCUUCAAGUGUAGCUUCCAAGUGAAACCUGUAUUUAUAACAUUAUAGCCAUUUGAGUUGUUUUUCGAAGUACUUGUCUGUCAACUUGUUAUUAUUUGAUUUUAUUUUUAGAUGCUCUUUACAUUGUUUACAUUACAAAUGUACCACUAUUUUAUAUGCAUUUGACUCUAAAGGCAUUUGUGUUUUUUGUGUCAACUGUGAAAAGCUGGUUAACUGGCUUUUGAAAUGAGAAACCAACUCCAGUUUUGCUUUUAAAUGGUUUCAUUUGUCUUGAAUGCAGGGGCCUGUUCAUAAAAUAGAAUGAACUCACUUCAGAGUAGACUUACCCUGGUAAAACAGCAAAGGUGUUGGAAUGAAGGACUAAGAUGUAUAAUAAAAGCACUAGGUUGUGGUCUUUAAUGAUGUGGCUGUCAAUGUACAUCAUGAACCACAAUAACCCACAAUGUAAAGUUUUUAUCGAUGCUUGUUUAUAGGUUGUGCAUUUUAUAAUUAAAGUUAUAAAACAAAAACAAAUAAAAGAGAUUUGAAACACUAAA